UUUCACUUUCAUCUCAAUCACCCCCACUCGAAUAUUAUAGCAGCGCCGACGAGGAAGCAGGAGAAGAAGAAGAAGAAUCAGGAAUAAUGGCGACCGGCAAAACGGUAAAGGAUGUCUCUCCACACGAGUUCGUCAAGGCUUACGCGGCCCACCUCAAGCGCUCCGGCAAGAUUGAGCUGCCACCGUGGACAGACAUCGUCAAGACCGGCAAACUUAAGGAGCUUGCUCCUUAUGACCCUGACUGGUACUACAUCAGAGCUGCGUCGAUGGCAAGGAAAGUGUACCUUAGAGGUGGACUUGGAGUUGGUGCGUUCCGAAGGAUCUAUGGAGGAAGCAAGAGGAACGGAAGCAGACCACCUCAUUUCUGCAAGAGCAGUGGUGGUGUUGCUCGUCACAUUCUUCAGCAACUCCAGACCAUGAACAUUGUCGACCUCGACACUAAAGGGGGGAGGAAGAUCACGUCAAGUGGUGAGAGAGAUCUUGACCAAGUCGCAGGAAGGAUCGCAGCUGCUAUCUAAAAUCGAUGAUCACAGGCUUUUUUUUUUUUUUUUUAGAUUUAGAUACAUAUGGAAUGAGAUUGCAUUGGAAACCAGUAGUGGAAUCCCUUCUCUCAUUUUUUUGUUUUGUUUUGAUGAGUUGUUUCUCUUUUACUCUGAUGAGAAGACCCUAUACGCAGUUUGAUCUAAUCGACGACCUUGUUCUCUCUUCAGUUUAA